GGAGACGCAGGAGGUGGGCUGGAGUUGCCUCGGUAACGUUUGUGCUGCUGCAGAAAUGUUUUUGGUCCCUAAACCAGGAAAACCGGCCCUGGAUUUGCAGGAGGAUGAGGGCUAUUCGGAGUCGCCAGACCUGGAGUUUGAAUAUGCAGACACGGAUAAAUGGACAGCAGAGCUGUCAGAGCUGUACAGCUACACGGAGGGGCCAGAGUUCCUGCUCAACCGAAAAUGCUUUGAGGAGGACUUCAGGAUCCACAUGAGGGACAAGAAGUGGCCGGAGCUGGAGCGGACGCAGCACCGCACCCACGCCAUGCGCCUGCUGGACGGGCUGGAGGUGACGGCGCGUGAGAAGCGGCUGCGCGUGGCACGGGCCAUCCUCUACGUGGCACAAGGCACCUUCGGGGAGUGCAGCUCCGAGGCCGAGGUCCAGGCCUGGAUGAGGUACAACAUCUUCCUCCUGCUGGAAGUGGGAACGUUCAACGCCUUGGUGGAGCUGCUGAACAUGGAGAUUGACAACAGCGCAGCCUGUUCCAGUGCCGUGAGGAAACCGGCCAUUUCCCUGGCUGACAGCACUGACCUCAGGGUGCUGCUGAACAUCAUGUACCUGAUUGUGGAGACUGUGCGCCAGGAGGCUGAGGGGGACAAGCCCGAAUGGAAGAGCAUGAGACAAACCUUCCGAGCAGAGCUGGGAGCUCCCCUGUACAACAACGAGCCCUUCUCCGUCAUGCUCUUUGGGAUGGUGACCAAAUUCUGCAGUGGCCACGCUCCACACUUCCCCAUGAAGAAGGUGCUGCUUCUGCUCUGGAAGACUGUGCUGUGCACCCUGGGAGGGUUUGAGGAGCUGCAGAGCAUGAAGGCAGAGAAGAGGGAGAUGCUGGGCCUGCCGCCGCUGCCCGAGGACAGCAUCCAGGUGAUCCGCAACAUGCGCGCGGCCUCCCCGCCCGCCUCCGCCUCCGACCUCAUCGAGCAGCAGCAGAAGCGCGGCCGGAGGGAGCACAAGGCCCUCAUUAAGCAGGAUAACCUCGAUGCCUUCAAUGAGCGGGAUCCGUACAAAGCUGACGAUUCCCGCGAGGAAGAGGAGGAAAAUGAUGAUGACAACAGCCUGGAGGGAGAGACCUUCCCCCUGGAACGGGAUGAAGUGAUGCCCCCCCCUACCCAGCACCCCCCCAGUGACCGCAUCACCUGCCCCAAAGGGCUGCCCUGGGCCCCCAAGGUCCGGGAGAAAGACAUUGAGAUGUUCCUGGAAUCCAGCCGCAGCAAAUUCAUCGGCUACACACUGGGCAGUGACACCAACACCGUGGUGGGCUUGCCCAGGCCCAUCCAUGAGAGCAUCCGCACCCUGAAGCUGCACAAGUACACGUCCAUUGCUGAGGUGCAGGUGCACAUGGAAGAAGAGUACCUGCGUUCCCCGCUCUCUGGAGGGGAAGAGGAAGUGGAGCAAGUCCCUGCAGAGAUCCUGUACCAGGGCCUGCUGCCCAGCCUGCCCCAGUACAUGAUUGCUCUGCUGAAGAUCCUCCUGGCUGCAGCCCCCACCUCCAAAGCCAAGACAGACUCCAUCAACAUCCUGGCAGAUGUCCUGCCCGAGGAGAUGCCGACCACCGUGCUGCAGAGCAUGAAGCUGGGCGUGGAUGUCAAUCGGCACAAGGAGAUCAUCGUCAAGGCCAUCUCUGCCGUGCUGCUCCUCCUGCUCAAACACUUCAAGCUCAACCACAUCUACCAGUUUGAGUACAUGGCCCAGCACCUGGUCUUUGCCAACUGCAUCCCUCUCAUCCUCAAGUUCUUCAACCAGAACAUCAUGUCCUACAUCACUGCCAAAAACAGCAUCUCCGUGCUGGACUAUCCCUACUGUGUUGUGCACGAGCUGCCAGAGCUGACAGCAGAGAGCCUGGAAGCUGGAGACAACAACCAGUUCUGCUGGCGGAACCUCUUCUCCUGCAUAAACCUCCUGCGCAUCCUGAACAAGCUGACCAAGUGGAAGCAUUCCCGCACCAUGAUGCUGGUGGUGUUCAAGUCGGCGCCGAUCCUGAAGCGGGCUCUGAAGGUGAAGCAGGCCAUGAUGCAGCUCUAUGUGCUGAAGCUGCUCAAGGUGCAGACCAAGUACCUGGGCCGGCAGUGGAGGAAGAGCAACAUGAAAACCAUGUCAGCCAUUUACCAGAAAGUGCGGCACCGCCUCAACGACGACUGGGCCUACGGCAAUGACCUGGACGCCCGUCCCUGGGAUUUCCAGGCGGAGGAGUGUGCCCUGCGCGCCAGCAUCGAGCGCUUCAACUCGCGGCGCUACGACCGGGCCCACGGCAACCCCGACUUCCUGCCCGUGGAUAACUGCCUGCAGAGCGUGCUGGGCCAGCGUGUGGACCUGCCCGAGGAUUUCCAGGUCAACUACGACCUGUGGCUGGAGCGGGAGGUGUUCUCCAGGCCCAUCUCCUGGGAGGAGCUGCUGCAGUGAUGGACACGGGGAGGCACAUGGGCUGCUUGGAGAGCUCGAGGCUGCCACGGGGCAGGGGAGUGAGGUUUGGGGGGGUCUGUGGGUGGCUGCACUUCUGUGGUGGGCUUGGGAAGAGGAUGGAGCUGGGGUGUCCUCACUGAGACCGCAUCCUGCCCCUCUGCCUCCUUCCAGGCUCAUCCCAAAGCUGAGGGUGCCUGGGGGUUUCCUGUUGGGUGAGGGGUCUCUGCCCACCCCAUGCGAUGCUUGCAGAGGCACCGCCCUUCUCGUGCCCCCCCAGCCAAGAAGGGGGAGCAGGUGGCAGUGUGGGGGUGGG